AAUUGUCGAUUCUGGGGCUCGGAAAACCCAAGAGUUAUUGUUGAAAAUCCUCUCCAUCCUCAACGCGUGACUGUUUGGUGCGGUUUAUGGUCUGGCGGUGUCAUUGGACCUUACUUUUCCGAAAAUGAGGCUGGAACAACAGUUACGGUGAAUGGAUUACGCUAUCGAGAGAUGAUUAAUGAUUUUUUAUGGCCUGAAUAGGAUGGUAUUGAUUUGGACAACGUUUACUUUCAACAAGACGGCGCUACGUGCCACACAAGCAACGAAACCAUCGAUCAUUUACGUGAAAAAUUUCCGGACCGUGUUAUCUCUCGAAAAGGUGAUCACAAUUGGCCACCGAGAUCUUGUGAUUUAACACCUUGCGACUUUUUCCUUUGGGGCCACGUGAAAGAUAAGGUCUACGCCAACAGUCCAGCAUCGAUUCAAGACCUCAAAGAUGGAAUUCGUGAGGCUAUCGAGGACAUAGGGCAGCCGCUUUGCAAUUUGGUUACGGAAAUUUUCAUAAAAACGAUAUGCUCCUGUAAGCGCAGUCGUGGCGGCCAUUUGGCUGAUGUUGUGUUCCAUUAUUAACGGCAUACCUUCCUCUUUAUAAUGAAAUAAACAUCCGAUCAUUUAUCUCAAAAAAUGGCAUUUUUCUUUGAAUAUCAAAAUAACACCUCUUAUUGGAAAACCCCUUAUUUGUAAGUCUUCGCUAACAGUACUCCCUGUAUAUCCUUUCCUAAUAUAUAAUUCCACGGAGUUUAUUUCUAAAUUUAGUUGACUAGCAUACGUUAACCUCAAAAUGACACUACGACCCAAUUAUUUCUUAAACAAAUUUUUUACAACGAACGCUCAAAUAAUACCAAAAAUUUGUAUUGUUGGAGCUGGAACAGCAGGUUUUUAUGCAGCACAACAAUUAAUUAAAAAAUUGAAGACUCCCCAAAUAGAUAUUAUUGAAAAAUUGCCAGUGCCUUUUGGUUUGGUAAGAUUUGGUGUUGCACCCGACCACCCGGAAGUUAAAAACGUAGUUAAUACUUUUACGAAAGUAGCAGAAAAUCCUUGUGUAAGAUUCCUAGGAAAUGUGAAACUUGGAACAGAUGUUACCUUAAAACAACUUCGAGAUGCAUAUCAUGUCGUUUUAUUAACAUACGGAGCAAAUGAAAGUAAGAAGCUAGAUAUUCCAGGUGAAAAUUUGAAAAAUGUAAUUGAAGCAAGAAGAAUUGUAGGAUGGUACAAUGGUACGCCAUGGGAUAAAGAUCUAGAUAUUGAUUUAAGUGGUGAAACUGCUACUAUUUUUGGACAGGGUAACGUUGCAAUAGAUGUUGCUAGGAUUUUAUUAUCAGAUGUAGAUGAAUUAAAGAAAACUGAUAUCACCGAGUAUGCCUUAGAAGCCUUAUCAAAAUCAAAAAUAAAAACUGUGUACCUCAUAGGACGGCGGGGUCCCUUACAAGCUGCCUUUACCAUAAAAGAACUGAGAGAAAUGCUGAAACUUCCGUCAUGCUCUACAAUAUGGAGACCAGAAGAUUUCGUCGGUAUCUCGGAACAUCUUGCCAAUUUGUCCAGGCAAAAGAAACGAAUAACUGAACUUAUGUUGAAAUCUUUGGAGGAAAAUAAUACACAAGCAAAUAAGGAAUUUAAGCCGAUCUUUUUCAGGUCACCAUUAGAGCUUGUGGGUACAGACAAAGUUGAAAAAGUUAUUUUGGGAAUCAAUAAACUUGAAGGGGAGGAUAUUUUAAAACAGAAAGCAGUAUUGUUAGACAAGACAGAAGAAUUAAAUGCAGAUUUAGCAAUUCCCAGUAUAGGCUAUAGGUCUAUGCAGGUUGAAAGUAGUAUUCCCUUUGAUUUUAAAAGAGGUGUGGUUCAGAACAAUAAAUCACGAGUUGAUAAAGGAUUAUAUGUUUCUGGAUGGCUUGGCACAGGUCCCAUUGGAGUCAUAUUAAGCACAAUGGGCAACGCUUUUGAAGUAGCCGAUACUAUUGUAAAUGAUAUAAAUAGCGAAAAUUUAGUAGAUAAGCCUAAAGGUGGUUAUGAAGACAUCAAGAAUACAUUGAUUGAAAAAAAUAUUCAAGUUAUCAGUUGGCAACAUUGGGAGAAAAUUGAUAAGUAUGAACAGGAUAAAGGUGUAAAGCUUGGAAAACCUAGAGAAAAAGUUGUCGAUAUUGAUAAGAUGUUGAGAAUAGCAGAUUCUUCAUUAUAGCACAAAAAAAUGUGAAUAUGAAGAGAAAAAAGUGCUGCAGUAUUUCAAAUGCGUUUAUAUACAUGUAGUAGAAGAUAUAUAUUUUUUAAUAGGAAAUUUUACAGUACCAGGUUUAUUUAUAGUGCUAGAGAUCAGCAUUUAUUUAAUUUUUAGCUCAAUUUUAUAUUUUUGUUAUUAUUUUUUCACUAUAUAUUAAAUUCAAUAGGAUUGUUAGUAACCAACGUAACCCAUGAGAGCCCAAAUAAUUUUAUUUCGUUUUUGUCAACUUUAACAAGUUUUUUUACCAACAUGUUACUAAACUAAUACAAAAAGUACAUUUUUUUUCUAUAUGAACAUUAUUUUUUUUAAAAUCAUGUGUUGCCAAAUAUGUAUGCAAUGAAGUGGGAUUAGUAAUGAAAAAGAGAUACUAUCAUCGGCGUACAGAUGCUGUAGCAAUGAAAAUAAUCUUGAUUGAAUUUAAUAAUAUAUAAGGGGAGAAGUGGGUAUUUUGCCCACUUAAGAAAAAUUAUUGAUAUCUGCAACUUUAAAGCCGGGAGUAAACUUUUUUAAGAGUCUCUAGGCAUGACCAUUAGGGUGUCCGUUAUUUUCCAGAUUAGGUUUUGUUCUACAAACGCCCCUCAAAUUAUUAGGUUUUGACUAAAAAAUAUCAGACUCAAACCAACCCUUAAUAUUCACAUUAACCCGUGCCUAACCUAACCAUUUAAAUUACAUGGGAUUUUUAUACUUUUUACAGUUAAUUUUUUUCCACUGAAUGGUACUAUAUGGUAACCAGGUUCUGAUGAUGAGAAAGAUGGCCAUAGGAACUCCGUAAUUAAAUGAACAAGGCAAUAAAGUAUUAUUUAUUGCUGAGUCGCCUAUCAGAGUUAUACCCACCAUAUAGAGGGUUAUAUCGGUAAUAAAGUUUUGACUGCUAAUAAAACAUUACAAAAUUUUAAUCAAAAACUAAUUGCAAUUAUUUUAAAAAAUAACAAAACUUGAAUAAUUAUUAAAUCACAAGAAUAUUUUUAGGCAUAAAAUACCACUAAAAAUUAUUACUCUAAAGACUGCAUAAAAGAUAUCAAGUCAAUUUAUACAAAUAUAAUUUUUCUACGACCGUGCGUUUUAACCCACUUUCCCGCACGCAUUUUAGUUUUGAAAGUGUCCCACGCUACUGCGGGACAGUAAAAUUAUGCAAAUUUUGACCUUAUUAGAUAGUUUUUUACUUUGGAGGUUAUAACUAUUGUUACUACAGGUAAAUAAAUAUUUACGAAAUAGUCCAUCAAAUAAAAUUUAAACUUUUUCUAGCUUUUUGUAGCAUUUUUAAUUUUUUGAAAAUAUAAAAAAAUAAAGAUAUUUUUUAUAUAACCAUGUACAUUCUUCAAAGGAGUGUCACAAAACAACUAUCAAACCACCCGGGUUUGAUAUCAGUUGCUAUGACAACCCAGGCGUGUAAUUGUUACUAAAACGUCAAAGUUGUUCAAAACGCCUUGGAAGUGACCGAAUAAGUGCAAUCUUCUUCUAAAUUAAACCACAUUAAACCGAAUCCGAUACAAUAAUAUUAAUGGAUUCAUCCGACGAAGAAAUUCCCGAAGCCAUUUUGAAGGCUGCAAAUGAAGCUAAUUCCGAGCUGUUACCUGCCAAAUCCAGACUAAGGUAUGAGAAGCAAUACGACCAUUUUGUUACAUGGUGUAAGGAGAAAGGGGUCAAAACUUUAAGGAAGAGGUAUUUCUGGCGUAUUUUUCAGACCUAAGUAAGGUUUUGAAAUCUAUUCGAUGGUAAAAAGUUUAGUAAAAAUAAAACAAAAUUUGGAUAUAGGAAACUUCCAUAAGCUAACAUCGUUACUUAAAAAAAUAUUGGUUUUCGAACAUAGAAAGCGCAAGUUUUUACCAAAGAAGAUAUAUCCAGGGUUAUGCUAGCUCCCGAUGAAGUAUACCUGAUGAAAGUGAAAACCAUUUUUGCACUAGCUGGCGCUCUCCGCAGAUCCGAGCUUGUAUAUAUCACUGUCGACGAUAUUGAAGAUAAAGGCAAAAUUGAUUCCAAAAAUCAAUCGUCAAGAUCAUUUGUUUCAUCUGAAGAAAUAAAUAAUGGGACAUAUUUGACUCUUUACAUAAAGUACGAUUUUCACAACCAAAUACUUAAAAUCUUUUACUCUUUGGAAUUGGUAUCGUCCUAGAUUCUCAUUAUUUUUCAUUCUCUUGGGCACCAACAUGUACUUGGAUUUUUGAAUAUUCACCUCCAACUUCUCUAGGUUUUUCUUAUCUAUUGCCAGAAGUGUCAGGUCACCAGUAUAUCAUACUAUCUGCGUACGUUUUUCCUACCUCUAUUUCAUCUAUUACUCUUAUUGAGAUAUUGAAUAGAGUCGUUAAAAAAGCUUCCCCUGUACCUAACAUCUUUUCUUAUUGGAAUUACCUUUGUUAGCCCAUCCUCCAUAAAAAUUUUGAUUGUUCAUCAUAUUUCUACCAAGUUAAUAAGAUUCAAGGAAAUCCUCAUAUUUGUCAUGUCUCUAUUUAAAGUUUACAAACAUCGCAUGCAGGUCUAUUCAGUGUUCAUAGAACUUUUCUACUGUUUGGUGACCUCAGGCAUCUGUUGAAUGAUGUAUACUACUAGUCUAUUUGUUAUAAGAGUGCUUAGAAUGAGUUAUAUUUAAGAGUGUUAUUGGUCUAUAACUGUUACAGAGGUCGGGGUCUCUGUUUUUUAGUAUUGGAAUGAUCAGUCUCAUAUUCCAUUCUGUGGUCAUAUUGUUCUUUUCCCAUAUUUCCUUGAUGGUGUUAUAUAUGUUUGUAAUUGGACGUUCUCCUCCAUUCUUUAUUGAAUCAUAUUAUGUAAUUAAUAUCAUAGAGCUCCUGGGGCUUUCCGCUGUUUUAGCCGUCCAAUUACUUCAAGAUAUGUUUCAUAUGAUCGUGCCUCUUGUUUAGCAUCUUCAUCGUCUUCCUCUUGGUAACUUUCCUGUUCGCUCAUUUCUUCAAAAGCGGUUUCAAAGUACGUUCCCCAUUCUUUCUAUUCUAAAUAACGCUCUUAUGAGCGCAUUGUGUGCUCUGAUGUAGACAAAUUUUCUGCUGUCUUUACUAUUCUUCAUUUUCUCUAACAUAGUAUUUAUCCACUCCCUCUUCUUUCUUCUGCAGUGCUUCAGUUUUUUGUCUGUAGUUCGCUAGCUCGUUAUCGCAUCUUGUUGGCAGCCAGUCAAGAAAGGCCUGUUUUUGUGUUAAAUAUUUGUGCCAUAAUAUUCAAUGAAUGCGCAUGCGUAUUGUCGUGCUAAAGAAGCCAAUCAAAGGUAUGGUCGUAAUAUAUUUUGGAGCAGAUCGUAGUGCAGAAUACUUUCAUAAUAAUACGAUACAGUCAGCAUUGUCUUUCGACUUUGACGUGCUUUUUUAGUGUGAAUUCUGUCUCUUGUUUUUGGAUUAUAUUAUUUUAGUCGCAUCUAAUAACCUAACUAAUUUCUUCAAAAUUAAAGCAAAUUUUUAUAUACAAAUUCUAUUGAUCUAAUUUUCCCAUGGAUUGAAAAAAAAAUACUGUUAACUAACUUGUACAGUCGGCAAUUGCGUACACCAACGAGUUUGUAAAAACUUCCUGGUGACGCCCAUACUGCACAGAGCUCGCUUAUAUGAUGACGCGGAUAUAAAGUAGGUGAACCAAAUAAGGUCACAUUAACGUUUUCCGAUUUUUUAAAAAGCUGACUCUUGACUGAAAAAAUAACCAAGUAGCUGAAAAAAAGGUUCAACUGGGCUGAGCACCUAAUGAGAAGAAAACCAAUUGAAAUGAUCAAAAGAAUAACGCAAUGGAUCCCAUUGUGGCCAAGGAGAAGGAGCAGGCCGACAAAAACUUGAAGAAACGAACUACAGGAAGACAUAAGAAAAUAUAGAAAACUGGAGAGCAAAAUGCCGGAACCGAAAAGAAUGGAAAAUAAUAACAAAAGCAGCCAAAACAAACGACAAACUUGAAAUAAAAAAUAGAAAAUGAGGAGUAAUCCACCUCAAAGGCUUGAUGAUGAUGAUGAGCUGAAAAUGAUAGAUAUUUAUAUUAAAAAUUUAUUUUUCGUGAUUAAAAGCUUCGGUUUUUAUUUUCUUUUGGAGGGGUUCGGACUGUUCAUUUUUCUUUUUAAUGCUUUGUUUUCAUCAGAAGGAGCGUCAAACAAAUUAACCAUUAGCUUUUGGGCUCUUGAAUAUAUGAAUUUUUUUCUUUGAACCCUUUUUGCUUUAAUCUUAGGAGUAGACAACAUUUCUGUAAAAGAUGUGUUUAGCUUCGAUUUGGCGUCUUCAAAGGUAAUAGUAAAGAUUCCAUAACAUCGUCGUCUGAUAUGAUUAUGUCAAGAACCGAGAAUCUGAAGAGCAUCGCCUUCAGAGCUAACAUCUUGGUCAUUGGAAGAAUGUUUAGGAGGUAAUGUUUUGAUCCUUUUAGCUGAAGAUUGAGUAAUUGGUUCUGCUGAAGAACUUUGUUCACUUUUUGCAGUUUUCUUCUGAUUUGAGAAAAUGGUUGUGUCCUGUUCAUUUUCAUCAUUUGGAUUUUCAAGGUCUGUUAGGCGUGAAAGUAUAUUCCCGUAGCUUUGAACACUGACAUAAUAUUUCCAGGUGUUAUUGUCUUAGCCCAUACUAAGAAAAUAUUUUCCCAGACUGUACGUCUUAUCGAGCGUUCAUCCAAUAACGAAGAACCUCUUCGUCCCAAAAAGAUUCAAGCUGUAGCUCAUGAGUAGUGUUACUUGGCAAAAAAAACAAAGUAAUGUCUUACUUUUCAGCAGCUUUAACAAUGUUUAUUGUAAAAAUUUUUAUCUCCUACUCAAAACUGUUCAACAUGUUCGAUCCACUUCACAAAAACGUCGUUUGUCAUACUUCGUAUGGGUGUCAUAACGACCUUGGUUCCGGGAGGAAGAUUUUCUUCCCAUUCUGGUUUCAGCCACUGACCCUUGAAUAAUAUCAUCGGUGGUAUGUACUGACCAUUGGCACAUGACACGAUUGUCACGUUUCAGCAUGCUCUCAGGGGCUACUAUAUGCAUUCACAGCAGCCGAUAUUGUAAAUGUUAUGAGGUUUACCAGCAACAUCCAAUUCCUCCAUGACUUCAAUUUGUCAAAGAAAUCGGUGACAAUCAUUUUAUUAAGUUUACUUCAAAUUUUGUGUUUUACGCCUUGCUAAAUCAGGGUGGCGACCCAGAAAAAGUCUCAACUACUUACGUCCAGCUUUUUGUUUGUUCGGGUUAAAAGUAUGAGGAAUAUUAUUUUUUCUACGACCGUGCGUUUUAACCCACUUUUCCGCACGCAUUUUAGUUUUGAAAGUGUCCCACGCUAGUGCGGGAAAGUAAAAUUAUACAAAUUUUGACCUUAUUAGAUAGUUUUUUACUUCUGAGAUUAUAACUAUUGUUACUACAGGUAAAUAAAUAUUUACGAAAUAGUCCAUUAAAUAAAAUUUAAACUUUUUCUAGCUUUUUGUAGCAUUUUUAAUUUUUUGAAAAUAUGAAAUAAUACAGAUAUUUUUUAUAUAACCUUGUAAUUGUUACUAAAACGUCAAAGUUGUUCAAAACGUCUUGAAAGUGACCGAAUAUGUGGAAUCUUCUUCUAAAUUAAACCACAUUAAACCGAAUCCGAUACAAUAAUAUAAAUGGAUUCAUCCGACGAAGAACUUCCCGAAGCCAUUUUGAAGGCUGCAAAUGAAACACCUAACCUCCAGUGUUAUUCAUAUGCAAUGUGACUAACAGUGGUACGUCUAGCGUAGGAAUUUGAAACUACAACGACAUCAAAAUCACCGAUAACCCACUGACAGGUGCUGCGUUCAUCUGGCGAGUGUGAGUUCUUUUAUAAAUAAAAGCUACUGGCCUUAUUCGGGUCACCUACCUUAUGAAUGUACUUUUGGAAAAAAACCUAGUAUAUUAAUCAGAAUUUUGGUGCUAUUCUGCUACUUCUGCAAAAGUACCUGUACCAUUAACUUCACAUGUCUUUAAUCGAUUUUGCUUUUGUAUGUUGUUCCGAAAUUAUAUUUUUAUUAUUUCUAAGACUCUUAAC